AUGCCUAUCCCAGUCCCAAAGUCAGACAGUCUCAAGGACAUGCUGAGCCUCAAGGGCAAGGUUGUCGUUGUCACCGGCGCCUCAGGCCCUCGCGGUAUGGGCAUUGAAGCAGCCCGUGGAUGCGCUGAGAUGGGUGCAGACGUCGCCAUCACCUACUCCUCCCGCCCACAGGGUGGUGAGCAGAACGCCAAAGAGCUGCAGGAGAAGUAUGGCAUCAAGUGCAAGGCCUACAAGUGCAACGUCGGUGACUGGAACGACGUCAAGAACUUCGUCGACACUGUCAUCAAGGACUUUGGCAAGAUCGAUGCCUUCAUCGCCAACGCCGGCCGCACCGCCGACUCUGGCAUCCUCGAGGGCUCCGUCGAGGCCUGGAACGAGGUCAUCCAGACUGAUCUGAACGGCACAUUCCACUGCGCAAAGGCCGUGGGCGCCCACUUCAAGGAACGCGGCACCGGCAGCUUCGUUAUCACCUCCUCCAUGUCCGGCCACAUCGCCAACUUCCCCCAGGAACAAACCUCAUACAACGUCGCUAAGGCCGGCUGCAUCCACAUGGCCCGCUCGCUGGCUAACGAAUGGCGCGACUUUGCCCGUGUCAACAGCAUCUCUCCCGGCUAUAUCGACACCGGCCUCUCUGACUUUGUCGAGAAGAAGACCCAGGACCUCUGGCUCUCCAUGAUCCCGAUGGGCCGCAACGGAGACGCAAAGGAGCUCAAGGGAGCAUAUGUCUACCUCUGCAGUGACGCCAGCACUGGUGUCCAUGACCUCAACCUCCCAACUCCCAACCACGCACCAGUCCAUGGCGCAUACAGAGCGGACAUGGCUUUGACCUCGUGGAAGACCUUCAACUUUUUCGAUGUCUCGCAGGUUGAGUUCGUCGACGGCGAAGGCAGCUCCAUCUUCACAAGCGAUAUAAGCUGCGUCUGCACCGGAUCAGAUAACCUCUUUGUCGGCACCACCGAUGGCGCCGUCCAUAUCCUGUCACGGGCCUACAAGGUCGUCCGUACCUUUCAAGCAUACGAUGGAAGCUCAAUCACGCAUAUGAAACAGGUCCCCUCGACGUCAUAUCUAGUAACCAUCAGUGAGGAUUUGUCCAACGAGCCGGUCUUGAAGGUAUGGGCCCUCAAUGAAACAGAGAAGAAGACAGGCGGGCCACGGUGCCGGUCGACAAAAUCGGUUCAAAACAAGUUAAGACAGUUUCCGAUCUCAGCGUUGGCCGUCCUCGAUGACCUCUGGCAAGUUGCGAUAGGCUUCGCUAAUGGCUCCGUCACCCUCGUUCGAGGGGACCUAAUACAUGACCGCGGAGCCGAGCAGCGGAUCGUGUUUGAAUCGGAUGAGCCCAUCACUGGUCUUGAGAUCCAACGAUCUGGCCCGACCUCUCUGGUCAUCGCUACCACGAGCCGCAUACUCUCACUAGUCAUUGGCGGGAAGGGGGAUGGAAAGCCUGCCCGUGCCCUGGAAGACCUAGGCUGUGGUGUCGGCUGCAUGGCCUUUGAUCAAGAUACCGGUGAUAUCCUAGUUGCUAGGGAAGACGCAAUAUACACAUACGGCCCAGGUGGGCGCGGACCGAGCUUCGCGUUCGAUAGCCCCAAAACCUCUGUCGACGUUUUCAAGGACUAUAUUGCGCUAAUUUGCCCGCCUAGAGCAGCCCUGUCGAGAACGGAAACCGUUAGGAGGUUCGGAACUAGCCAGGUGGAUGAUAUUUUCAACACCUCAACGUUGACCCUCCUAGAAUCCGAUCUGAGGUUCAUUGGGCAUUCGGAGUCGCUUUCUGCAGGUGUUAAGUUUAUGUUUAUGGAAUGGGGGGACCUGUUCGUCGUUACCCUUGAUGGAAAGGUCAAUCGAUAUCACGAAAAACCGCUUCUGCAAAAACUUGAAAUAUUAUACCAGAGGAAUUUAUAUAUCUUGGCUAUCAACCUUGCCCAGAAGUCCGGGGUCGACAAGCUACAACAAAACGUCAUCUUUCGAAAAUACGGCGAUUUCUUAUAUCAAAAGGGAGAUUAUGAUACAGCUAUGCAGCAGUAUCUAAGGGCAAUCGACAACACAGAGCCUUCCCAUGUUAUCCGCAAAUUCCUUGAUACACAACGAAUCCAUAAUUUGAUUGACUACCUGGAAGAGCUGCAUGAUCAUGAUAAGGCAACGGCAGAUCAUACGACACUACUACUCAACUGCUAUGCCAAGUUAAAGGAUACUGAAAAACUGGACUCUUUUAUAAGGGCCCCCGGGGAACUGAAGUUUGACCUUGAAACAGCAAUAGCCAUGUGCCGCCAAGGUGGAUACUUUGAACAAGCUGCGUAUCUGGCUACCAAGCAUGGCGAGAGUGACAUGGUGGUCGAUAUCCUGAUCGAAGACUCAAAGAAAUACUCUGAAGCCCUUCAAUACACCUGGAGCCUUGAACCCGAUUUUGCAUAUCCGAACCUGAUGAAAUACGCCCGCGUAUUGCUCGAGCACUGCCCAGAACCAACAACAAGGCUAUUCAUCGAUUAUUACUCUGGAAAAUUCCAGCCACGAAAGGAAGAAGAACAGGUUCCCGAACACCAACCCCAAGCUAGGGGAGGUGCAGUCCAAAAUCUUGCGUCGCUGAUACCCCUCCCGUACAUUGGAGGUCCCAGGCAGGAUAACGGGAACACUCCCCAAGCUAGAGCAGAACUCCAGGUCGCCGAUGAGACACCACCCUCUUACGAGGUCCCCAAACCCAGAACUGCCUUUUCUUCUUUUGUCGAUCACCCUGAAGAAUUCAUUACCUUCUUGGAACAUCUAAUUGAGCAGGAAGGGUUGAAAGAGGAGGACAGGGUUGACUUAUACACUACCUUAUUCGAGAUGUAUCUGGAUACAGCAAACCGCAAGAAGGUACCUGAUGAGAAGCAAGAAUGGGAGGCAAAAGCAAAGAGUUUAAUACAGGGUAAAGACAUUCCUGUCUCUGCGUCGAAUGUUCUCCUUCUCUCCGAUCUAUCAAAUUUCCACGAAGGAACAACCUUGGUUCGAGAAAAGGAGGGCCUUAGAGCCGACAUUUUGCGAUCAUAUAUUUCCGCCAAGGAUACUCAAGGUGUGAUAAAGGCUCUAAAGAAAUACGGACCUGAAGAACCGCGACUAUACAUCGAUGCCUUGACAUAUUUUGCAUCCAGCCCUAAAAUUCUAGAAGAAGCCGGCAGCGAAAUGGAUGCCGUUCUUAAGACCAUCGACCGGGAUGGAUUGAUGGCCCCCUUACAGGUGAUACAGGCAUUCAGCAACAACUCUGUUGUAACUAUGGGGAUGAUUAAUAAGUACCUAAGCGACAACAUCGAAAGGGAAAGGAAGGAAAUUUCGAAUAAUCGUCGCUUAAUAUCCAGUUAUGCUAAGGAAACUGAGUCCAAAAGACAACAGAUGGAAGAACUUGGCUCCAAACCGACAGUCUUCCAAGCUCGCCGCUGCUCCUCCUGCGGAGGCAAUCUUGACCUUCCUACGGUCCAUUUCCUCUGCAAACACUCAUUCCACCAACGAUGCCUAAAUACAGUUGACGAGGAUGCAGAAUGCCCUCUUUGUGCCCCACAAAACUCUACGCUUAAGGCGAUCCGUGAGAGACAAAUCAAAGCGUCUAGUCAACAUGAGCUGUUCCGCUCUGAGCUACAGCGUAGUAAGGAUCGGUUUGGACUUGUCAGCGAGUUCUUUGGUAGAGGAGUGAUGAAGCCUAAUAAUACCGAGUAA